CGAGGCCAACCGCGUGUUCCUGACUAAGGAAAUUGAUAGUGAACCAGGGAACGUAGUUGGAAGAUCGCAAACAUGCUGACCGACAGGAUCAGAUACGCCAUGGACCAUUUGUCCCACAAACAACACAUUUCUCUAUUGGCACGACCUAAUUGGAGAAGAACGCAAACAAGGAACGCGCAUAUUUUGGCGAAUCCUUACGGCAUUCGGCGAACGGCGUUGAAAGGACGAGCGUCGAAAAGAAUCAAAGCGAUGGCGCGGCCGAAACACGUUAUCAAAAAAUACGAUCCAACAAAAGCACCACCACCGUAUCCGCGAAUCCAUCCGAAAACGCUCGCGGCUAAACCCACGAAACGCAUCCACGACUUGGCGUUGCCUACAAAGAGAUUGCUGUUGGCGAACAUGAGAUUUCCCACUAGCAGCGGCAACAUAGCCGAGACGCUAUGGAAGGUUCAGAAAUCGCGCUACCGGAAAUAUCGAUUCUUCUGCAACGCCAGACAGCAGCGCGAGAUGAAGAAGAAGCAAAAAAUAAUGGCGAAAUUGCGCCGAGUGAUCAAGCCGGAAGAAUGGGAUCAGCACAUGGAGCUGUUGGAGAUACUGGCCACUCCUAAAGUUCCGCCCAGGCCUAGAUUGCCUGGUAAAAAGAAAAAAUGGAGGCCGGUCAACAUGCGGAGGAUCGAAGAAUUAUCGACGCCGCCAGUGAGAGAGAUACCGCCGCCCAAGGACCCGUCCGAAGUGCCAAGAAGCGCUCUCACCUACAGGAUCACCAAACGUCUCCAGAAGAUUGCAUACCCGAAGACAGUGCCGGAGAUUAUACCGCCACGGAUCCUCGGCAAGGUUUCCCCGGGCGCGUUGAGGGCCGUAGCUACCCCGAGGACGAUAAUCCUGGCGAAGCCGGUUGAACGGCCGGCAGGGAUGGAGACGGAUCUUCGAGAAGACGCUUUCACGGUCUCGCCGAUGGCCUUAAAAGCCAAGUGCUCUAGGCGGCUAAAAUUUUUAGCCCGUCCCAAGAGAAGGAGAUGAACUCUGAAUUAACGCCGAUCGCAAUCGUGGAACAAUAGCGCGUA